AUGAAAUCAGGGAACAAAUGUCUUUAUUAUUGCAAGCAAUUUUUCAAUCUACUAUUAGGAAUGAGUGGUCUCCUUAUGAUUGCAAUAGCCAUUUACAUUUGGGUCGUAGCUAAAAUAUUCUCAGUUAUAGUUAUGUGCAUAUUGGUGUUGGGGGGAAUCCAAUUAUUCCUAUCGUUGAUAUCCCUGGGCACAAAGAAGGCAAUGUUUAGAAUCAAGUGUUACAACUUUAUCUUAGGAUUCAUACUAUUGGGAUAAGUCACAAUUACAAUCUUGGCAUUUGUUUUAGAAGAUCAAUUUAUCGAUAAGGCAAUUGAAAAACUUGACGAGCCCCAGGAAACAGCUGAUGCUCUAAAGGAAUAAUUGAAAAAUCAAUAUACAAGGUCCAUUUUCAUUACGCUCACCAGUUUAGGGAUUUAACUCAUGUGCUUUGUGUUCAGUGUGUGGUAUAGGGAUUCACUUGAAAAUGCAAAUGACAAUAGCAAACUCUUAUAUGAUGAAAAAGAAAAAAAAUAUAUGAGUUUCGAAGAAUAUUCUUAAAAAUAGCAAGCAUAAGUAAAGGAAAAGACAAAUAACAACAGAAAUGAAGUAUAUUCACGAAAUCCAGAAUUUUAUGAGUGGAAACAAUAACAACAAGGCAAGAAAUGAUUUAUAAAUGAUUUAAUAUCAUGUAUAUUUUCUA